CCACCAAGCACAAAAUACACAAAAGAUAUGUCAACAUCCUCAGCGAUCUCCAAAAAGCGAAAACUGGCCUCUGGAAAACUGAGCCAUCCAACCGGCCUCGAAACCCCUCAACAAAAGAAGAAAUCUUCAUCCGGUCGUCCUCAGAAAGCGUCUUUGAAAGGAGAUGUACCACCGCUCGGUAAAUUCCUUGCAAGUAAUGACAAGCUCACUCGAGAUCGAGCGGUGGCUGCUUUGCGAAAGUUUCUGAGUGGACAAGUCGGAUCCGAAGAAGACAAAUUUCAAGAUGAAUUGUUUCAAGCCCGACUGCCUGAAGACAAGUGGGAGACGAUUGAGCCCAAGAAGGUCCGGCUUGACGAGAUCGAACUUGCGAAGCUAUACAAGGGUCUAUUCUACUGUUAUUGGAUGUCAGACAAACCGAUCGUCCAACAGCACCUUGCUCAAGAAUUAGCAGACCUAUGUCUGAUCAUCAGGCCCGCUCGAAGCUCAGAUGAUGAUCCUCUACUCGACCAGGUCUUUACCACUCAAACCGCACUCUCGUUUUGGAAACAGUUUUGGAUCGCCUUAGGCUCCGAAUGGCAAGGGGUCGACAAACAUCGGUUGGAUAAAUAUCUCAUGUUGAUGCGCAGAUUUGUUGAAGUAGCAUUCAAAAUCCUCCAACGAGCUCAGUGGCAUCCCAAAGCGAUCGAACGUUGGUCUGAAAUCCUACAGGAAACCGUGUUCAAUGUUGCAGAUUUCAAGACACCCCAAUCGAUCACGUAUCAUGUUAGCGACAUAUUCCUUGAAGAACUUAAUCGAGUGCUUGAGAAGCGAGCGGAUCGACCAGCUCCGAUUGUUCCACUUCUGGCCCCUCUGAUUCAUGGACUCUCUCAAUCUCGUCCAGGAACGGCUACGUUUCGAAAGAUUCUCGAGAAUGUCUUUGAACCGUUAUUUGCAAACCUAGACCUAUUCAUCUCAGAGCGAACGAAGAUGCCGACGAGUUCGACGAUCGAGAUCUAUCCUACCUUCGAGACCAGCCUGAUCUCUUCCGCCAACCAAUCAGUCACUCCAUCAGCCUCCCGAUCUGAUUUCCAAACCAUCCGAUCCGAUCUCUUGUCGUUACUCUUCCAAGCUGGCUCCAACCCUCUUUGUUCAGAUGCCAACCGGAAGAAAAUUUACAAUUAUUGGUAUACGAAGCGCGGAAUUGAGGAUGAGGAGGAGGCUGUCCUGGAGGAAGAAGGAAAAUAAUCUACUUUUUUCAUUUGGACAUCGAGGAGCGUUCUUUCAGUUUUAGCUUUUCUUCCUUUGGUGAUUUUUCCCAUGUUGUAGGUUUGCAUUAGCUCGCAUACAUGAUGCUUCAGAUGCCAAGAACUCCAACCAGCAACAUCCGGUUUAGAUUUACCAUCAGCCAUAGCAUGUGCUAUUGAUUGAGGUGUCAUGGUCUCUGAGACUGCCUCAAAUUUUCACCAAUAGCCCAAUGACUCCUACAAAGAGGACAGUAGCAUGAAUUAGACUGUUGGGUGGAUUCAGCUUGACAGUUUGGUUUUGAUUAUUAAAGUGGUCAGGAAUGAGCACAUGGUACUGAUAGUUGGCAGGAUGUCUAAAGUCAGAUCAAAUU